AAAAAAAAUCAAAUAAAGUUUUCUGAAUUAUUCUGAGAGAAUAAAUAAUAAAGCAUGACCAGGGGUCACGAGUCACAGAAGUUAUCUUAACUCCUUUAGUAUUGACUGAGUACUUUCCCCUCCAUCCUGUAAGUUCAUUUGUUAUCCUAUUCACCGGUCUUAAUCCUGCUUACCCUCUUUUUCCCUCUGUUGCCAUGGAUAUGCUAUUCCUAUGGCAACUGCAUGCCUUUGUGGAUGGCCUCGGGCCCCCACCGUAGAGGACUCUCUGAACCUUUCAUUACAAAUUCCCUUCAAGCUCACUGACAAAUCACGCAAGUAGCACAUAGUCCAACUCCGUCGGUAUAACUGUCCUUUUUUCCUUUUUCUCUCCACCCUUCACUUUCUUGUAGUCACUCUGCUGUGUUUUACCCAGAAGUCCUUGACAUACUGUGUUCAUUUUUUUUUUAAAUUACCCCCCAGGUGCUGGAUACUGGAUGCCAGAGCUGGUAGGAAGAGGGCUGUGAUCAGAUUUUUUUAGCAGCAUGCGUGUCACUGUCAUAAGAGGCAGCGCCCCGAGCUUUCUAAUUUCCAGCGGCAACAGAAACCAGAGCUCCAUCUUUAAAGAUGCAUGAGACUUCUUGAGAAAAAAGGGAGAGUAAAAGGCAGGGAGGGGCGAGGCUUGUUCAGAUCGUAGUCUACAUGCCGGUGGCAGUGAGGGUGGGGGCUCUCCACCUGCUGAAUGAACCCCGUCAGCAUCGGGGAGUACCAUGGGCUACGGGUGGGCUCGGCCCUGCUCAGCAUCGUGGCGGGCUGCAUCAUCAUCGGCGUGUCCAGGGAGUGUGACGCUGAUGCCGUAGGAGGUAUAUUUCUGGGAGCUGGCGGCCUCGGUGAGUGCCUUCUCAUUUCAAUCUACCCCUUCAUAAAAGCCUGGCUGAACAUCAACCACAUCCUCCCGUCCUUUGGAAACUUCAGAGUGCACCCGACGCCCGCCAACCCCGCUCCCGAGCAACCGGCUGAGACACUGAGACGAGAAGGAACCCAGAGUCAGUUGAAUCUGGACCGCUCCAAGAGUCGCAUGGGAACCUUCGUGGAGGGUGGGCCGACGGCUGAGACCAACCCGGACGAAGGGACGUCCGCAGACAUGCCAGAUGUCUUAUCCAGACGGAAACUCAAGCCUUCCGAUCAAGACCUGCCGUGACGCCAUCACCUGACAUGACUGAUCAAUAUAAUUCAACCUCCUCCUCCUACUCCUCCUCCUCACCUUCUGCAGCAGACUUCUACACGUGUACGUCAAGAAAUAUUGAUCUGAAUCUUUCUGGACUUGUUUCGGUACAGUUAAUAAGUUGGCGUCCUGUCUGUAAGUUGAGAUCACCCCAUCACGUUGAACUUGUGUGAUCUAAUAAACAUACAAAG